AUGAGCUAUCAGGAUCUCAAACCGUCAGAGCUGAAGUCUCUGCCUACGUUCAUGAGGUCCAGUAGUCCUCAGGUUCGGUUCCACUCUGCAUUUCCGCCGCUGACGACGACAAAACGCGUCAAGUCUGUCAUGGAAAGAGCUGGGUUCGACGUUUACCGUCCUGAUCAGGCACAGACCCCCAAGUUCGACGGCCAUCGGAACUUCACAGCCCCAGGAAACCUGGCUGCACAGAAACAGCACGAGUCGGACUCGGAGAUCCAGCGCAAAAUGAACCAGGAUAACGCCCAUUUCAGCUCCAACUCUCUCCCUCUCGACACCAAGUUGGAACAGCUAAAAAACCGAAAUUUUUCUGCUGGCGCGGUGCUCCCAGCAGCCCAAUCACAAAGACCGGCCAAAUUCCAGCUCGGCACGAACUCGAUGGACAGCAGCCGCAACGGAUCGAUGGCAGACCUUUCCAGGCUCAACCAGACCCAAACUGCCAUCAACGGAACAAAAUCCCACAGUGCUAGUCCAUCAAGACACUCGAAACAAUUUUCUGGAAUUUCGCAGUCUUCCGAUUUGGGGCCUAGCAACAAGAUCGCCGCCCCGGCCAUCACCACAACCCCGGCCAGUCCAGAUACAACUCCGACUCCCGACUCCGAACCCAUUUUUGACACUGCAAGUGCUCCUCCAACUGCGUCCACUCCUUCUAAGCUUUCUCCAAGACUCCCAGACACCCCUCGGUCCAAGGCCUCGUUUACCAGCACCGAGGACGAUUUCCAAGAUGCCAGCUCGUCGAUCAACGAGUUCGAUGCCAAGUACGAAACGGGCGAAGACUCCGUUGCACAGCUGCUGUCCAUGCGUAAAGAGCUCUCGCCAACUCCUGCUGUUCCUUCCGGUAAUGUUCAGAUUCCAUCCAUGGCUUCCAGACAGGCAGAGAGCACUAGCCCAACCAUCUACAAUGCACAGGACAUCCACAGGCUCAACAACAUGCAGUCGCCCGAAUUCAAGGUCUACAACUCCAAGGAGGAAAACAACGACAUGUCCACCAUCCAGGAGGACACCGAGUACGACGACAGCGUUGUGCAGAUGAGCAACAGAAUGUCUCGACUUGGGACAACGAGCCCGAACUCUGUGCUAUCGCCAGAGAAACCGUUGAACGUGGCUGCUCCCGAAGUAUCGCCAAUGAAGCCAAAAUCGGUCGUGAAAUAUAACCCGGGCGAAGGUCCUUGCAGACAGUGCGGACUGCCUAUAGCAUCUGGCCAGAAGUCCAUCUGGUCGAAGGACCAGCAGUUGUCGGGCCAGUGGCACCGCAAGUGUUUUUCGUGUAACACCUGCAGCAAGCCGUUCAAAAAGGGAGAGUCGUGCUACGUCCACGAGGACGCUCCUUACUGCGAGCUCCACUUUCACGAGAAGAACGGAUCACUCUGUACCUACUGUGGAUCGGGUAUUGAGGGAGAGUGUCUGUCGAACGAACACGGCGAGCUGUUCCAUGUGCACUGCCUCAAGUGUUCUGUUUGCGGAAUCACCAUAAACAACGACUACUACGUUCUACAGGACAAGGUGUUGUGUGAGAACGAUGGUGCUAUCCACCUAAAAACGGCCAAUAGCGCUGAGGAACGCCUGGCGAAAAGGCGAACCAGAGUUAUGUAUUUAUAA